AUGACAACAACGGAGAAGUUUGUCCAGUGGUCAUCGCUGUUUGCCUACUGCAUAACUGGUUUCUCAUUUCUUGCUGCUCCUCAGUUGUAUAACAUCCUAUUAGGGCUGGAUUACCAAGGGCGCUCUGAGGGAUGUAUCCGAUUAUUUGGAAUAAGCCUCGGAGUUAUAUCUGUUAUACUGGCUCGUUGUGAAGACAAAGUAAGCCGCUAUGGCACUAUAUUCUUUUCGAUUUUCAGUCGUCUCCUUUGGGUACCAAUCACCAGGGUGCUGCUAAUCGUUCGAAAAAUGGUCCCCUUGAGUUUUGCCCUUCUUUUCAUGGUCCUCGACCCCUGUCUUGCUUUGGUGACCUUGCUGAUUUGGCUCUCUGAGGAGAGAGGGCCAUUGCUCCGCACCUUUUGCGAAGAAUUACUCGCACCACUCCGAGCUUGUGGCCUACUUAAAACGGGGGGCUCUAUUCUGAUUAUUCUCUUCUGUUUCAUAAUUGGUUUAAUUCAGUUAAUUUUCUGGUAUAUCUUCGUAGUAAGGCCAGAUUUUACUUAA